GCCCUAUGAAAAUAGCAAACCAGACAAGGAAAUGGCUGCUCACAAACAUAACUGCAGUUGCCCUAUGUGACUGUUAAAAUCUGUGGCUCUCAUAUAUAUCCAAAAGAUAAUACCUUCUAGAAAAUAGGAACUGAAAAGGUCAUCUGAUCACAGAGCAUAAAACAUACCUUAUGACUUAUGUGACAGACUCACAGCUCAGAAAUCAACUUGUGAAUAUUGAUGCUUGCAGAAAAUAGCCCAAGCAACUCACAGGUGCAACCUGCCUCUAAGACAUGCCAGUCCUUCAAAAGCAUCUUGAUUCCACUAUGACAUCAGGUGCUGCUUCCCCCACAUUUGUACAGAAAGAGAAAGGAAAGCAAAAGGGAGAAGAUAAUGAUAUGAUAAUCAACUGAUCAGGCAUACAUGAACAACAUUACCAAGAAGACUCCCUCACAUAAAUGAAUCCUACAGCUAUCCUCUGAUCCUACUUUCCCCGCUGGAGGAGGAGUAGGUAAACAACAUGAAGCAAAACUUGGCAUCAUCAGUUAGAUUUAUUUUGCUGCUUUUUCUGAACAUAGAGUGUUUGAAUGAGCAAUCACCUCCUGGAAAGCCUGAGGUCUUGAAGUGUCGUUCUCCAGAAAUGGAAACCUUUACUUGCUGGUGGAAGCCUGGCUCAGAUGGAGGACUUCCUACCAACUACACUCUGCUCUACAACAAGGAAGGAAAAGAACAAAUUUAUGAGUGUCCAGAUUACAGAACUGCAGGUCCCAAUUCCUGUUACUUUGACAAAAAGCACACCAAUCUCUGGACAUCUUAUAACAUUUCUGUAAAGGCAACUAAUGAGGUGGGAAGUAACAUCUCUAACCCUCAUUAUGUGGACGUGACUUCCAUAGUUCAGCCAGAUCCUCCUAUAAACCUGUCUCUGCAAGUAAUACAAUCAGCUGGGAUAGUGUAUCUUUGGGCAAAGUGGUCUCCACCUCCAUUGGUUGAUGUCAGAUCUGGUUGGCUUAUACUUCAUUAUGAAUUACGCCUAAAGUCUGAAGAAAGGGAAGAGUGGGAGACUAUUUUUGUUGGACAGCAAGCACAUUAUAAGGCGUUUAAAUUACAUCCUGGAUUGAAAUACAUUGUACAGGUUCACUGCAUGCUAGACCAUGGAGAAUGGAGUGAAUGGAGCUCAGAAAGUUACAUUCAGAUCCCCAAUGGGCAGCCCCCUGGAAAGCCUGAACUACUGAGGUGUCGUUCUCCAGAAAAGGAAACUUUUACUUGCUGGUGGAAGCCUGGCUCAGAUGGAGGACUUCCUACCAACUACACUCUGCUCUACAGCAAGGAGGGAGACAAAUCAAUCAAUGAAUGUCCAGAUUACAGAACUGCAGGCCCCAAUUCCUGUUACUUUGAUAAAAAGCACACCUCACUUUGGGCAAUCUAUAAUAUCACCAUAAAGGCAACCAAUAAGAUGGGAAGUAACAUCUCUGAGCCUCAAUAUGUGGAUGUGACUUACAUAGUUCAGCCAGACCCUCCUGUGAACCUAUCUCUAGAAGUAAAAAAACAAGUAGAUGGAAAACCGUAUCUGUUGUUGAAAUGGCAUCCACCUCCACUGGCUGAUGUCAAAUCUGGAUGGCUUACUCUUGAAUAUAAGUUGCGACUAAAACCUGAAGAAGGGGAUGAAUGGGAGACAAUUUUUGUUGGACAACAAACACAAUACAAGUUGUUUAGUUUAAAUCCAGGAAAGAAAUACCUUGCACAGGUACACUGCAAACCGGACCAUGGAGAAUGGAGUGAAUGGAGCUCAGAAAGUUAUAUUCAAAUCCCCGGUGACAUAGAGUUGAAGGAUGUGAUUGUCUGGAUCUUUGUGGCUGUAUUAUCAUCUGUCAUUUGCUUAAUCAUUAUCUGGAUGAUGGCUUUGAAAGGCUUUAGUAUGGUAGCCUGCAUCUUACCACCAGUCCCCGGGCCCAAGAUAAAGGGACUCGAUACACAUCUGCUAGAGACAGGGAGGUCCGACGAGUUUUUGAGCGCUCUGGGUUGCCAAGACUUCCCUCCAACAUCAGACUGUGAGGACCUACUGGUAGAAUUUCUGGAGGUAGAUGACAGUGAGGAUCAGCAACUAAUGCCAAGUCAUGAAAAAGGUCAUCCCAGUAAAAAUAUGAAGUCAACACACAAGGAAACAGACAGUGACUCAGGGAGAGGGAGCUGUGACAGCCCUUUCCUACUCUCUGACAGGAGCAGGGAGCCCAGAAUCCCUCCAUCAGCAUUUCAAACACCAGAUAUCAGUGAAAUUUCAGAAAAUAAUGCAAGAAAAAGCAGCUGCGAAAUUCAGAGCACAGACCUAAAAGGGAAAAUACCUUAUUUUAGCAUUGGUAGUACAAAGUUAUCUACGUGGCCUGGAGCUCAGCUAUCUAACAAUCAGACUCCUAAAUGCUCCUACCACAACAUUACGGAUGUUUGUAAGAUAGCCCUUGGCACCAUGAAUGUGAAUGUUACAUCAAUUUUGGGGGGAAAUGAAGAAAAUCAACAGUCACAAUAUUCUAAACCCACUGAAACUAUCAGUGAGGAAAAACUGGACAAGCAAGGAGAAGUGGAGAGCUUGCAUUCCAGAGCUGACCAAGACAGAAUGCAAUUGCUGCCCAGUGAGAAGUCACCUUUUUUGUCUGCUAAACUAAUGGAUUAUGUAGAAAUUCACAAAGUCAACCAAGACGGGGCGUUAGCUGUAUUGCCGAAACAGAAAGAAAAUGGUGGCAAAACUGAAAACUGUACUGUCCCUGGAAACAGCAAGGAAUAUGCAAAGGUCUCAAGGGUUGUGGACAACAGCAUUCUAGUAAUAAUACCAGUUUCAAGAGUUCAGACCACACCUAUGUUUCAAGAACCUCCAAAGGAAUCUGUUCAGAUCCUUCAACAGAGUCAAACAGAGAAAAAUAUGAGCUAUUGUUUUACAACUCCAAGUGAGUGCAAAAUAGACACUGGUGGAUUAGAUUACCUGGAUCCAACUUCCUUUAUGUGCUCCUUUAAUUAACUGAAAGUUCGAUUAUCCUUCUUCAGGUAACACUACAGAGUAAAUUAAAUGCAAUUAAAAUGGAAUGUUCUAGUAUGUGGAUUACAUAGAAUUACACUACUAAAGCUCAGUUGUAGCUCACACCUUUCUAUGUUUUCUACUAGCUGAUUGCAGAACAAAUGAUUUCAUUUCGAAUUGUGAUUUAUAGAUUUACUUUUGUUAAUAGUUAUGUACAGUAAAACAAAAGUAUGUGACAUGGUUUCUUGGAAAGGGGUAUAAUAAAGAGAAAAAAGGGAUUUGUAGGUUGAUGUAAUAGAAUAAAUAAACCUCAGAUCAUUAAAAUAGAUUUUCAAUUUAGGAAGAAAGGACAAGGAAGUGGAUAUUAUGUGCCAUGGAAACCUACAAUGUAAACAAAUUGUUGAACUUCGCAUUUCUUCUAUUAUUUGAUGAAAACUAGCCAAAUAUUGCAGGUUCAACAAAGAUACAAAAUUGGGGGAGGUUGGUCAGUAUACCAUGAUUAAGGCUAAGAUUUUGUCAUGGAUAUUUUUAGUAAAAGUCAUGGACAGGUCCUGGACAAUAAAGAAAAAUUCACAGAAGCCCAUGACCUGUCCAUGGCUUUUACUAAAAAUAUCCGUGACAAAAUGGGGAGCUGCGGAGUCCCGACACCACCCACGUGGCUGGGCAGCUCAGAGCUCCCGGGUCCCCACUGCCUGCGGUGGAUCAGAGCUCGCAGGGGCCCCAAGCUGCAAGGUACCCUCACCACCGUUGGGGGCAGAGGGACCCUGCAACUCCCAGCCGCUGUGGGCUGAAGUCAUAGAGGUCUCUGGAAGUCCAGGAUUCCCUGACUUCCGCAACCUCCAUGACAAAAUCGUAGUCUUACCCAUGAUUGUUCAUACAGUUCUUAGACCAUGUAUACUGCUGAUGAACUACUAUGGCAUACAGUGUAUUUUUUCUUAAUGAAUUCUAAACACUGGUAUAGGUUUUUCUAUUAUAUAUUUUUCUCAAUCCUAAAAAAAAAAAGUUAGUUUUUUGGAUGUUGACGAUUUCAUAUAUAAAAAAUAAUAUAUUAAAGUAAUUGUAGCAAAGUAGUAAAUCACUCUCAACAUAUUUUCCUGCUUCUUUUCAAUAUGAUGAAUAAACUACAUCCCACCCAUCUCUUAGCCAAAUAGAACUGAACAAUGUUCACUUUUAUUGAAAGAAAAGAACACUAUUUGAUAGACUGCCUUAUUGUACAUAAUAUAAAAAUCUACUUUAGUAAAAGCCCAUGAGUUCAAAAUGUAUUUUUGAAGACUAUUUUUCUAAAGUAAAAAUAAAAUAUUUUCUAACUUCCCAGAACUAUUUACCUACCUGGCAACUUCACUGAUUUUUUCUGCUGUUGCAGGAAGAGGUGAUAAGAAGUGAAGCUAUCAUUUCAAUAGUGAAACACCAAAAUAACUAAAGGAGACCUGUAGAAUAAUGAAGGAUAUGAAGUAACUUUUGAAUUUAUAUUUCUAAUAGACUGUAGAUGUAAUACAAUGAAUUGAGAAUUAUGUAGUCCAUUUAUUUUAUCAACUAUUCCUGUAAAACUAAGUGGAAUGCUAGGUUUGGGGGGCUUUGUCCCUCCCUAAAUUGCUGUCUCCCUGCUGGCCUUUGGACUGUUCCAUAGAAGUAACUGUGUAAAGUCAAUCUGUGAUGGAAUGACAUCCCCCUACAUCGUAAAAGAUAGACUUUUCCCUGAGCCAGGGAGGACAUUUUAAAGAAGUUACGUUUGCCAAAAUCAAUAUCUCCCUGUCCAAGCUCAAUAGGAUGAAGAGCCAGGACCCCUGAUGUCAAAGAGCCUCUACUCUGCUAAAAUUAAGGAGGAGGAGGGGUCAUACAUUUGAUCUGGGGCAGUUCCUCCAUAAUGAAAAUGGACCAAUAGAGCCUUCUGCCAUUGCUAGUAACUGAGGCUGGCAGGAAGCACCCCAAUCACCCCAAAAUGACAACUGGAAAUAAUGGCACUCCUUUUCUGGCCCUACCCCCCACCCAAAGAAAACCUUAAUUUUCUAAAGGAAAAUACAGUCAAAUAAUGAUUUAUUUGUCUCCAUUGCAAUUGGGCUAAGUACAGAUUAUACUUAGCUGAGUAACAGCCAUAGGUAUAGUGGCCCAGUGGCAUGGAGAAGAGGGUCAGGCUGAGGAUAGAGCAUUGUGUUGUGCAAGUGAUGGGAAAUAUAUUUACAGGACAUGCACUCACCUUCCCUAUCCCACCUCUUUCCCUCAACAGCUCUGGAGUUUUCCAGUAGGCACCUUUUCGGCCUUGUGCACUGAGUCAGCUGCUUAGCCAACGUACAGAAGGGCCCAUCUAGUAGGGCCCACACAUACUACCUUCGGGCCAGAGGAAAGCCCCUCUCUGUUCACCUAUCCACUUAACUUUGACACAGUAAGACUUUGGAGAGGCAUUAUUUUUUAAAAGAACGCUACAUUAUGUAGAUAUAAAAUACACUCUGUGUGUGUGUGUGUGUGUGUGUGUGCGUGUGUGUGUCUGUUUGUCUAUCUGUCUACACAGUGAUCACCCUUAAAAUAUUUUACUUUAUUCUGGAUAACUAGAUAACUUUAGUGCAGUGUUUGCAGUAUUUUCUGGACAUUGUAUAGGGAAUGCCAUGAUUAUUGCAAUGAAAUUAUCUAGUUAUCAAAAGGAAAAAAAAAUGGGGGGUGCACACUGAGUUAAUACACAAUGACCCUAUCUGUCUCUCUGUUUGAAAGUUCUUCAUUGGGACUUCCUAACUGUGGACUGGUACAGUCACUUCAGAUCAGACACACUCCUUUUGUUAUUACUGAUAGUCAUACCUAAGCCAAAAAAAAUUAUUAUUAAGUAUAUUAGGGCCAGAUUUUCAGGCUCACUCUAGGCCCUACGUGUCUCAUAGUAAAAAGGCAGGUUACUCAGCCACCUGUAGAUUCCCCUUGCGUAGGGGAAAUCUUUGGAGUUACAUACAGUUAGAUAGCAUAGGGAGUACAGGCAGGGAAAAAGUGAUGUGUCCGGAUACAAUGACUUCUUAGGACCAGAGGCAAGCAGUCACAACUUAGAGCAAUCUUUAGCCAUCUCGACAUUUCAUUAGGGGUUCAGUCAGUCCAUAUCCCAAGGAUCAGGAUUUUAUACUACCUUUGUCUGCUCACCUCUGUUUCUGUACUGAGCAUUGCCUGGCUGGACCAGCGAAUCUGGAUCAUUAUGAUUUUCUGGGAUAGGUCCAUUCUAGUGCAAACAUCCCACUAUUAAUUUGAAGAACAUCAGAUGAUAAGGCAUUAAGAGACGUAUUUUCAGAAACUCAACACAUGCAAACUCCAAAUUGCCAUGAGGAGAAAAUGGGCAUUUUUGCCUGCAAAUACGGGUUUCUACACGCAUAAAAUGGAGGCCCCUUUGAACAUUUGGUCUAAAAUAUUUGUUGUCAUGCAAACAAGGUGCCCAAUCUCUCUCUCUCUGGGAGAUCUAAUAUACAGAUAAACAGACCCAAUGGCCCAAACCCAAAGGGAGCAGAAGGACCAUAACUGCUAUUCCAUGCAUCAGUUGGCAGAGCACCUGUGGAAGGGUUGCAAUGCAGCCUAAAGCAAGUCCAGGGACAUAGAUUCUAUCUUGCCUCCCCCGACCUCAUGACACCAGAUCACUGUGGCUUUGUACAAAGAGGUUAAAUUUCAGCUUAUGUGAAUGAGCUGCACUCUCCCUGGCCGGUUUGAAGCAGCUAGAGUGUAAUUCAGUCUAAAUACAUCUCUUGUGUGAACUGUUUGGGUUUCCUUUUUUUAAGGGGGGUAGAGAUGUUAGAUAAUUAUACACAAAUGAUUUUCCAAAUGAACACCCUUCUUUAAAUUCUCAAUUGCAUGUAUGUGUGCAUAUAUACACACAUUUAAAUAGUAAUUUGAUUUUAAAUAAUAAUUACUCUUCUCUGGAUGUGUACCUUCCAAAAGCCAAUGGAGUUUUGCAGAACAUGCCCUCCGAAUUUGAUCCAUUGACAUUUGGAAGGUACAUGUGCACAUCAAGUAGAGAAUAAAAAAUUAUUCUUCAGUCGGAUACUCAGAUAUUUAUGGCUGUUUGGAUGUUCAAUCAUUUAAUCUUCAUAAUGUCAAAUAGGAUUUUUAUUUACAGCUGUUUAAGGAAUAUGUUCUCAUGUGGGAAUAAAAUGAGAUUAUGUUACAGGUAUCUAUAAAUCAGGUUUCUGCAAAGGCACCUUACGCUAGCCUAGAAUAAGACUUCUCACAUCACCUCUGAUAGACAGAUGGAUGAAUUACCUACCAGAAUUCUUCCCAGUAAAUAGCCCUCCAGCAGCUGCUUUGCUAUUCAAAUAUCUCACUUGGGAAAGAUGUUCAAAUAGGCUCCACACUUUUUCUAUGUCAGGUUUGUGAAUAUGUUAGAUCAAUAGUGCAUUACUUUUUAAAUAAAGUAUAAGCUCUAAAAUGUAAGCAUAAAGCCUCCACUGAAAAAUGCUAAUUUGUUUUUUAAAAUACACUAAAUUACUUUUAAUUUUUUUUUUUAAUUAACUACCUCCCCUUCGGGUCAAAACAGUUUUAUAAAUAAAAGAUAUACUUUCCUUCAGUAUUGAAAAAGAUGAUGUCUCAUGCGUUUAAAUUUUCUAAUUAGGCUGUUUUUGUUUUAGCAGACACAUAUUUGAUGUAUGAUACCCUUAUUUUCUGUGUAAUGUUUGGUGCUUUUAAGUAGUUGUCUAUGUGCUUUAGUGAAUUUAGGACAUGUGGUCCCAAAACUACCUGUCACAUGAAACAUAUGAUCUCAGAAGAGUGCUCUUUAUGAUGAAAUAAUCCUUUGCAGUCAUAUUACAUACAAAUGUACAUAUCUGUCCAUAUACAGUACUAAUAUGGGAAAGUAUGUGUCUAUAGAACAAAACUGAAUAACAAACCUGUAAUCAUAAUGGAUUUGUGUUGAAGCAGUGAAUGCUAUGUAAAUGUUUUGAUGUAUGUCAGUCUAGAUCGCUUGAACUACAAAUGCACUGUAGCUCUAAAAUAUUAUUCAAAUAUUUAAAGUACAGUAACAGCAGUUAAUUAAAAGUGAAUAUUCAGCUUUUACUUUCUGACCUCUAAAGCACUGUGCAUGUGGAGUUCACGUUAUGAAGCCAGCUAAUGUGCUCAAUCAUUUUUCAUUAACUUUAAACAACUUGAAAGAGUUAUACAGGGAAACCAAAGUAACCUGGGCCAGUUAAUGGAUAACAUGUGUCCUUUCUAAAGCCAUAAGGUCAUAUUGAAAUCAAGCACAUCAUGUUAUUCGGCUCCAUAUUUUCAAAGGAAUCACUACCUCUGUUUUUUUCCCUCCCUUUAAAAAGGCAAACAGAAGCAUUUUACUUGAAGUGUCAAAUUGGAAAUAAUUAUUAUAGCAAAUACAAAAAAAAAAUCGUAUGUUACAAUUGCUUUUGUUGUAUGACAGCCUGUCAUGGAGGCACCAUUUGUGUUGCAUUAGAACAUUAAAAUGGGUUAUUAUGGAUGCAUAGUGAGGUGGGAUAUUUUUGUGUGAAAAAUUACAUGUCUUUUCAGUUCAUUGUCAGGCCCAGACUGGUGUGUUGGGCAUCUACCAUGUUCCUGGCGUGUCAGUCUCUUUCCUGGGCUGUGUGGCCAGUUAGCUAGUCACUGCUGCUCCCUUACUGGUGCCCAGCUCAUCAAGGGUGAGUGAGCUGAGUGGCUAUAGGUAUUCAGGUUCUAGGUCAGCCAAAUUGAACUGAGCAUUUGUCAUAGUGUUUGCUGUACUCAGACACAUGUUGGUAUUUAAGCUGCUGCUAGGUUGAACCUCUUCAGCCCUUUCCUCACUCUGUGGUAAUGGAGAUUAGCUACCCCUCUCCCAACAGUAAACUCACAUCUCCUCCACCAACACCACCAAUUAAAAAGCAAGGUCCUUGGCUCCCUUCUGACUCCCAUACCUAUGGAGGUCAGAAAGAGGGACUGUAUUUCCUAGAUUGAGGUAGAAAUUCCUGCUGCUGUGGCUCCCAAGAGUCUCAAGACUCUUGUGGUAUCAACAGCUGCAUCUCUUCCCUCCUUUUUCUCUAGGCCAGGUAUCUGCAGGAUGCAAUGAAUAAAUGAUGGGUAGGGGUUAGAAAUAAGUGAUGCAUAAGAGUUGUUGCAAGUGAGUAGAAUGAGAGAAGAGUGCUGGGUGAUACAAUGAGUGCUGGGUGAUGAGGAAGUGCAUGAGUGGAUGACUGAAAGGGUAGGAUAUACUAGAGAGGGGGUAUGUCUACACUUCGAGCUAGAGAUGUAAAGUUCAGCUCAAGGAGGCAUUUCUGCACUACUCUGCUCAAAUUAGGCAGGAGGGGCUAGCUGCCUGAGUAUGUACCUACCAUCUUGGAUGGGUGCAUCCUCAGGGCGGCUAGUCCCUGCUGUCAUUCGUGCUGUGACAACUACGCUAUUUUUAGUGUAGCUCCAUCAAGGCUAGCACAGGUAUGUCUCCUCAAGCUGGAAAUUACAACUUCCUGCUCCAGCACAGACAUGCCUAUGAGAGAGAGAGAGAGAGAGAAUGAGUAGGAUAAUGGUGAGAGUGACUCAGGAAAGGUUGGAAAGUGGAUGAGAGAUGAAAAAUGGAGCAGAAGAGGACAAGGGAAGAAUGAGAAGAGGGAACACUACUAAAAGAGUUUGAAAGACAACAUUGUGGAAGGAGGAGAAAUACAGGGAAAGAAAGAAUGGAACAGGAAUAAUGAAAAGAGGGGAUUAUUAAGAAAUUAGAUGUUAGAAAACUGACAAAAUCUCAAUGGAAAAGAGACACCAAAACAUAAAAUAAAAUAAAAUAAAAAGUGACAAAGAAAAGGGAAGAGAAGGGAUUAGACAUUGCUAUGGGUAAUGAGAAUAUCCACAGCUACAUUAGAUAGUAUAAAAAUAUAUAUGGGAUAGAAGCCCUCAUGUUUCAGUGCCUAGUAUAACAAUAACCAGUCAGAUUUAUGAGGAAACUUUCCCUCUGGGUUGGUUAUUUCAUGAUUAUCCUCUCUGGGGUUUCUUGCACUUUCCCCUGAAGCAUCUGACACUGGCCACUGUCAGAAACAGGAUACGGGAAGAGCUGGACCACUGGUUUUAUCCAGUCUGGGAGUUCCUAUGUUCUGAAUAAGAAAAAUGCAAGGGAAAUAUAGUGGGCCAAUUUUUGUAAUUUACUCAUUUGCAUCAUUUAAACCACACACACUAUUUUAACUCUAACAUUCCUGUUUCUCUCAAGUUAUCUUCCUUUUUAUCAGUCAAAGUAUGUGGCAUCUUCUCAGCCUCAAGCAGUGAAAGACUGAUGAUUCCACUAAACAGGCCAUUGAAAUUUAUAGGAAUCAUUUGAUUUUUGCCUGUGACAAUAUACAAAUCAGGUAUCUUCUAAAGAAGAAGAGCUUCAUCUUGCAGGUAAAUUUUCAGAGUUGAGAGAUAUGUGACAGAAAUACAAUUUUAUUCCCAUUCAGCAGAGUCAUUCCUAUAAAAAUUCCUAUACCCAAACUUGUGGUGGGGCCUAAUGGAAACAAUGAUAUGCUAAAAGCUAGGCUUACAAUACUCACUGCAUUGUUGCAUGUUGAAGAUGGCAAGGGAGAAGGGAAAGACUGUUUUCUCCCCUUCUUCCUUUUUUUUCCCUCCAGGGUGAAAGCCCAGAUAACUACCUGUGAUGCUACUAGCCCUUUCACUUUCUCCUUUCUCAGAGACUAGGUCUUUAUUUAAAUGGGCCUUCUUUAUUGAUGGAUGCUGCUGCUCUGAGGCCUUCCUGAUCCUGAGAACCCCCAACUCUCACUGAAGUCAAUAGGAAUCAAGGGCUCUCAGAAACUUCCAGGCAAGUAUCCUAUAGUAGUGAAUUCCCUAAGAUAAACCAGGAAGACCAGUGGCAUUGACUGAUUUUUACAGGAUGCUGGAAAUCCUUGUAGAAAUCAUUUCUAGAAAAUAUUCCAUAUGAAUCACAGAAGAUAGCACAUGUCUGGGAACAGUCUGACCCUUUUGUAAAGCCCCACAUGGAUGCAUCCACCCUUUACUAGAAUUAGUAAACAUGCACAGAGUAGAUGAUAUUGGACCAUAUUCUUAAUGAUGAUGUUAUGGUGCUUUGGCUACUAAUUCAUUCUCCUUCACUCCAAAGGGAAAGGAAAAUCACCGCUCUUAGGGUCAGAUAUACCCAGAUUGACAUUCUUGCUAUUGCUGCUCAUUUUCCAUCUUGGAAAACAGUUUUUCCAGCAUGACUACAAAUGCCAUUUUUUGUUGUGGUUAACAGCCACAUCCAUCCCAUCUAUGAGUUACAUUGCUCAGGGCUUGUCUUCACUUACCAGAGGAUCAACGCUACGGCGAUCAAUGGAUAGGCGGUCGAUUU